AUUACCGAACAACACCAAAAAUUUUACCAAAAACAACCUAUAUUUUCAAAAUUCUUCAAAAAUACUCAUUUGGUUUGUUGAAAAAUUUGGAAUAAACCCUUUCCAAUUUGAAUGCAAUCCUAAAAAUUCUAUAUCAUUUUCACUAACUGUGAUUAGAAAUUAAAAAAAUAAUAAAAUUUGACAAUGAGUUUUCCACCAUAGAAAAAGUUACAUUUAAGACAUAUCUAUAAAAUUUGAUGUCAAACCCUCAAAGAAACACAAAAUAGAUUGGGAUCUUAAUUUGUUUUUUCCAUGGAAGUGAUAUUGAACUCGUGACAUAUGGGACAAAAAAUAAACAAUCAAAAUACUUACUAAAAUCGGUAUAUAUACAUUAUGUAAAGAGAGAUUACGCUGAAUAACAGACCAAGUAUUGUGUUCUCAUAAAAAAAUACUAAGACUAGAAACAGAUGGCAACGGAACGAGAGGUAGCCAUAAUAGGAGCCGGAAUCAGUGGCCUCUUGGCCUGCAAAUAUGCCCUCUCAAAGGGCUUCCGACCCACUGUUUUCGAGUCCCGAAGCGGAAUAGGUGGUGUUUGGAAGAAAACCAUCGAGACCACAAGGCUCCAAACUCCCAAACCCUUCUACCAAUUCUCCGAUUUUCCAUGGCCUUCUACAGUGCCUGAGGCUGAGCUAUUCCCUCACCAGCAUCAAGUUUUCGAUUAUGUGGAAUCUUAUGCACGCCAUUUUGACUUGGUGAAGCACAUCAAGUUCGACACCAGAGUUUGCAGCAUCCACUAUGAAGGGCCAUCGUCUGAUCAAGAGAUUGGGAGUUGCGCUCUUUGGGGUGGCCAUGGAGACCCUUUUGACUCCUCUGGUAAAUGGAAACUAGUUGUAGAGAGCACCGCCACACAAGGCCUUUCCAAUAAUAAUCAGGUUUACGUAGUAGACUUUGUGAUCCUCUGCAUCGGACGAUUUAGCGAAGUACCAAAUGUGCCACAAUUCCCUCCAAACAAGGGUCCCAAUGUAUUUCAGGGCCAGGUUAUUCACUCAAGCGAUUACACCGCCAUGGAUCAUAAAACCGCAGCUCAAUUUGUUAAAGGGAAAAAAGUUACUGUCGUUGGCUUUCAGAAAUAUGCCCUUGACAUUGCCAUGGAGUGUUGCAAUGCAAACGGGGUUGAAAAUCCAUGCACUGUGUUAUACAGGAACGCUCGCUGGACCAUGCCAGAUUACAUGCCUUGGGGCUUUUCUAUUGCUUAUUUAUACUUUAACCGCUUCUCCGAGUUACUUGUUCAUAAGCCAGGCGAAGGUUUUCUACUUUGCCUCCUCGCAAUCAUACUUUAUCCUCUGAGAUGGGCAUUCUCAAAAUUUGUGGAGAGUCACAUAAAACGUAAACUUCCGUUGGAGAAGCAUGGAAUGGUACCGAAGCAUAGCUUUCAUCAGGAAAUCAGUGCAUGUCUCGUUGCAACAAUGCCUGAAAAAUUCUACGAGAGAGUUGAAGAAGGAAGUAUUAUUUUGAAGAAAGCUUCGAGUUUUGGAUUCUGUAAAGAGGGUGUUUUGAUUGAUGGGGAAGAUACCCCAAGGAGCACAGAUUUGGUCAUACAGGCUACUGGAUUCAAGGGUGACCAAAAGCUCAAAGACUUGUUCGUCUCUCCCACCUUUAAGGACUACAUUGUUGGAGACCCCACAGCAGCCCUGCCUCUCUACAGGGAAUGCAUUCAUCCCAGAAUCCCACAGCUGGCAGUGAUUGGAUUCUCAGAAAGUCUGUCAAACUUGUACACCUCGGAGAUGAGAUGCAGAUGGGUAUCAGAGCUUCUUGCUGGCACUUUUAAGCUACCAAGCAUCAAAGAAAUGGAGGAAGAUGUGGCCAAAUGGGAUGAGUUCAUGAAGCGUUACUCUGGUAAGUACUACAGGAGAUCAUGCAUAGCUGCCCUCCAUGUAUGGUACAAUGACCAGCUGUGCAAGGACAUGGGUUGGAACCCCAAAAGAAAGAAUGGAUUCUUUGCUGAAUUAUUUGAGCCUUAUGGACCAACCGAUUACGUUUCCCCUUGAGAAUAAUGAGCCUUGCUCACUUUACUACUUUUGCCUACUAUUAGCUAUUGCAAAAUCCAAAAUAUGAUUGAACUUUAUAAUAAACAGAAAUAUAAAUAAUAAAUAAAUGUUAUUGACAA